GGUGAGAAGGAUUUUUGGGGGAGGUUCACAUGGUUUCCAGGGGGAACGUCGUCGCCAACAGAAUGUAAAGAAGAGACCAUAGAAAUUGACUGUUGAUUAACUGCCAAUGAGAAGAGUUAAAAGAAUAUGACACAGCCUCAUAGGAUAUCAGGCUUUGACAUAACCUUGAAAUAUGUGUCCAUUUCCGUUGGUGCCAUAGCUGGUGUCUUGGCAGUAGUACUGGCUGCUGUUUGCCAUAAACAAUUUAUUAGAAUCUGUCUACAACACUGGAAAUCUGAAAAUGGCCGUCCAUCUAAUGAUCCUGGACCUGAAAAUUAUGAGUACGAUGUAUUCAUGAUUUUUAAUUGUGAUGACUAUACAUGGGUGGAGGAAAGGCUUCUACUUCUCCUUGAACGACAGCAUCAGUUAAGAUGCCGAAUCCACCACAGAGACUUCAGAGCUGGUGGUAUGAUUUAUGAUCUGAUGUCGGAUAGCGUUUACAGAAGUUAUAAAAAUAUAGUAGUUUACUCGUGGAACUUUUUGAAUAGUAGAUUUUGCGGGUAUGAACUAAAUCUAGCAAAGCAAAGGCUUCUCAGCAGAAAUGACGAUAGUCUAGUUAUUAUAAGAAUUGAUGACGCAGAUUUAGGAUUGCUACCCGAAGAUUUGCAAACAAGAAGUGUGAUCGACUAUGGCAGUGAUCGUGAAAGAACCCACUGGAAAAGAAAGCUCCUUGAAUUCCUCGGGAUUCCUCACAGAUACAGCCAUCUGAGAAGCACAGAAAACAAUGAUACCGAAGUAUCCGUGUUAGAACCAGUCAACGAAGUAGUUAUCGAGAAUUGAUACAAUUGCGAACAUGGAGCAUCAACCCACUCUCACGAACAACAAUGUAAUGACAUUUAUUUCAUUUUGGAAGCUAUGUGAACCUUUGCUGGUUCUCAACACAGCUUUGAUUGACAAAUUUAAAACUAUAAAAAUCUUUGCAAUCGCUUACCCUUGGCCAGACGUUUCUUAGCGCUGGAAUUCACGAAGCUGCAGUUAACUGCGUUCUGAUCGGAAAAUUGGCCCUUGGAAUCAAAACGAGUUGGUUAUCAUUUCAACUGACUCAACACUUCUCGACCGUGCCACUCAAGUGAGACACUGGAUCAAGAGAGAACUCAUGCCAUCAGUACUGAGUGCGACUUUACAUUUUCACCACCGGAAUACAGUAUCAGCUCUUCUGCAAACUAAAUCAACUUAUUUAAAUAAAAUGGAUUUAUUAGAUAACUAACUAAAUAAAUGUGUUUCGUUUGGAAUCA